GAUUGAUCAGUUGUUGUAAAGCAUUGAACGGCUGCUUUGAGUCACAGAUCAAGUCAGACCUCAAACUCAUUCUUUGAGCACGUAUUACCCAGCGUCUGACAUUCAGCUGUCAGUUGUGAGGUUUUCACGCAAAUCGCCCCUCAACCAACAUGAACCAACUUCACAGCUUUCAAGCUGUGCCAUCCACCCGCAAUGCUUUUGACGCUUAUUCUACACUUCCUGAACCGCCUCGUCCUCAGUCAACCCAUGCUCCCCGAGCUCAUACACAACAACCGAUCGUGACUGGUACCAGUGUCCUGGGGAUCAAGUACGAGGGUGGAGUCAUGCUUGCAGCGGACAAUCUUGCUUCGUACGGUUCCUUGGCUCGGUUCAAAGACAUUCAGCGUCUCCAUCCUCUCGGCGACAAUACUUGUUUGGCAGUCGCGGGGGAUAUGUCCGAUUUUCAGUACAUGACAAAGCUGCUUGAUGCCACGCUCCGCGCAGAUCGUUCCGUCUCUCUCACAGACACCCAUCCACCAUUCUCCCCUCAAAAUAUCUACACCUACCUCUCGAACCUGUAUUAUGCUCGCAGGAGCAAAGUGAACCCGUUGUGGAAUGCGAUUCUCGUCGGUGGCUGGGACAAGGAGAAGAAAGAGAGUUUCCUCGCCUACGUCGACCUCCUUGGGACGACCUACUCCGCUCCGACACUAGCCACUGGAAUUGGCGCUCAUAUCGCCCAGCCUCUUCUACGUGAAGCGUACGAGGCGAAGGCUGGCGUCGAUGGCAAAGGCCCUUUGUUGACAGGUCAAGAGGCCGAAGAGCUCCUGGAUACAUGUAUGAAGGUUUUGUUCUACCGUGAUGCCAGGAGUUUGAACAAGUACCAAAUCGCUACGAUCUCCAAUGACGGCGUCAAAAUUUCUGACUCAAAGAGCUCAGAGACCGAGUGGGGCUUUGCAGAGGGACUCCGGGGUUACGGACCACAGACGCAGUAGAAGAAGACAGUGUGUAGGAAGAGGCAUGCAUGGGUCUUA